UCAACCGCCAGAAAAAGAGCGUCAUACAGAACUAUUAUCAUAUAAAAAACCGCUGUUGUUUAUUGCGCACUUCCGUUUCCGCUCACGCUGAUUUAGAGCAGAGCAAGCAAUCGAUUCCAAGUAUCGAUACUCCGGCCAAUCAGUGUUAGAAAGCCACCGCAGCCAGCUGUCUCCGUUCGCCAUUCACCAGCACUGAUUGCACAAGUAUUUUGUUUAACUUUUGUUUUGGUUGGUGAAUUUUGGCAGGGACUAGCAUGGACGAUCCGCUCAAGCCGAAGCCAGUGCCGCUGGCCGCCGAAACGGUGCUCUGGUUCGAGUUCCUGCUUGAUCCGCACAAGAUCACGCAACAUUUGCAGCGCCCGCAUCCCGAACCCAGUGCCAUGGAGCUAAUCAUGCAGUUCAUUAGUAUGACGCCGGACACGGCCAUGACGUCAGUAGUGACACCCGGCAGCGAUUUGCAGAAUCUAGCUGCACCUCCUGGUUCAGGACCAAUACCCGUCGGAACCAAUGCCACACCGCCCACUGUAACCGGUGGAGUGGGCAUGCCCCACAGUCCACAAAGGCCGGCGGAACCAGGCCUGCAAUUGACCCGCAAGCAAUUGGCCCUCAAGAUCCUGGAGCUCAAAGUGGCCACCUGGCUGAAAUGGGACCUCGAUGCGCUGGAAAAGAACCUGCCUGUGAUUAUGCAGCUGGCCCUGCUGCGCGAUCUGUGCACCAUUAGCUACGGCUGCCCUUUGAGUAUUCCCCUGCCCAGUGAUUUUGACCUGAAAAUUUCUACUGCUGGCAACGAAAGAGCAGCGAGAUUUGCUUUGACGAUAUACCACCGCCUGCUUUUACGCUUGCAACUGAUCAAGGAUCAGGCGCUAAAAACGCCACGUCCUCCAAAUACCAUGUACCAAACUGUUGAUCAACUGCAGCAGUUUCUGGACACACCUACUCAACCAUCCAUCGAGUAUUUGCAGCAGCUCUGCGCCUCGUCAAAGCCCUUUUACGUGUUUCACUACGACAGCUUUGUCACCCUGCAGUGCGAUGAUCUGGGCACUGGCCAGAACUACGACCUUAUGCAUUUAAUAACGCCACAGGAGUUGAGAGCCCAGCUGCAUUACGAGCUCGCCCAAUAUUACCUGUACACCAAACAGUAUGUUUUGGCCCGAGAAGCGGCCGCCGCCUGCAAUAGUAAUUUGCAGGCCAUCCCGCAACAGACAACGCUAUAUUUCUGCCACAUACGACCGGCGGAACUGGAGGGUCUGCUGCAAGCGUGCGGAAUUAGUGCCCAGGAGCAAACCCUCUUGGAGAAAUUCCAACAGUCUCUGCUUAACAACUACACAGACAUUGUUUCCAUACUGCGGUUAGAUAACAGAGCGCGGGAGAUACCUCUUGUUAGUCGACGGCAGCUGGAACUGGAUAUUGAGGGCUCACUUUCCACGGGCUUACUUAAGGAAACCGUUCAGCUGCAAAUGCAGGUCGCCGCCCUAAAUGUGGUCCGUAACAUCUUCGAGUGGGGCAGCAUAUUCGGCAGCGUGGAGUACUUUGAGAAGUACAGGGAACUGGACUGCCUGCCGCCAUUGGUGGAAGCUCUGCAGGAAGUGCUGCCGCACUGCAGUCUCAAGGAACAGGCCGCACUCAAGCACUUCCUCAUCGACUGUUUGCUCCAUCAGGGCGGGCAGUCACGGCAAUUGUUGCAGACGGUGAGAGGAUUUGGUCUAUUCUCGGCGGAUGAACUUCAGGAUCUCGACGAACAGAUGUUGCAGGCGGCACCGCCAGUGCCCACCAACUCAUUGGCUUCGCUUUCCGACUGGAUGUGCCAAUCUAAAAUGAAUCGUGUGGAUGUGGCCGCCCUAGAAAGACAACUGAUUAGCUGCACAAAUGCCAACACUGUCAGGAUUCUGCUAGUAAAACUCUGUGGCACUGCUCCCGGGAAACCUUUGUGGGCUAUUAAUCCCAGCUGGGAUGUGCCGCAACCCCUUAAAACUCUAAUCAUGGCUAUGCCAGUAAGCUUUCUGCAGGACUUUAGCUAUGUGCUGCUGGGGAAGGCGCGCGAAUUGGCUACCAGGGGUAACUAUAUCGAUGCUGUCUCCAUGCUAAGUGUCCUCAAGUCGGAAACGCAGCGACAAGAGAUGGCAGCCAAUGUGCAGCUGAUGUGCAAGCUGCUCACCUGGGAGAUAUUGCACAUACAGAUAACCCAAUCUCUGGAGGAGUGGCACCAGAAACCGCUGGAUCUGCAGUCCUUAGGAGGAAGAUGUAAGCAGUGCUUGGGCGCUCUGCAGGCGGGCGACUCAAUUGUCCCGCGGCCGGAUAUCCUGGAAAGCUGCGCAAUCAUGCUGCUGAACCUCACAGAAUUCCCACCGCUUAUCUUUCUGGAUAAGCGUGCCGGUCCUCUGGAACUCCCACUCGCCUUUGCAGCCACCUUCAUUGAGAUGGAGAAGAUGAAGGGCCCCAAGAAGGUGUGUCGAGAUGCCUGGGAACUGAUGCUUAGCAUGUUCCUCAACGUUCCGAAGCGGGGUUCUUCGGGAGCUGGCGGGAUUAGCUCCCUGCAGGCUUUCCUCCAGCGCCUCCGCCACCAAAGCGUUUUCGGACUGGCCAUCUCCAUGAUAGGCAAGAUCCACAACAUCCUCAAGGACGAUCCCAAUCAUGAUUUAAGCUGCGAGUACAUGCAGCUGUGGCCCACCAGCAUCAACAACCCCAUCAGCUACAGUUUAAGGAGCGUCUGUGAAACUCUGCAAUGGCUCUUAUCCGAAGCCCUGUCCUACUACCCGCAAACCAUUUCCUGGCUUAAGAUGAAGGGGGAUCUGGAUUUGGCCAUCGGCAACAACGAGUCCGCAAUGCGCUGCUAUGUAAAUGCCCUGGUCACAGGCACGGAUUACUGCACCAUGCCGCUGCAGAGGAAUGUGGCCGACGACUAUGUCAUCCGCAAGAUGAUUCGCUGUGCCGCCAAUCUGGGCUGCCACAUGCAGGCCACCGUGCUUUGUCAGUUUCUUGAUGAGAUCGAUUACGGUAUUGUGUUCAAGAAUCUCAGCGAGAAAUCAUCGAAUUUUACGGAUGCCAUGGACGCAUAUUACAGUUGUAUUUGGGACACCACGCUGCUGGAGUUUAUCGUUAAUCUGCAUGCGAAAAGAGGCGAGCACAGUCGGAAACUUGAAGCGAUCUCCAUGAUGGGCACUUUAGAACUGAAUGCAAACAACAACGAGGAGAUCAAAAGAGAGUGCGCCAUGGUGCGGAAAUCCCGAUUCCUGCGCGCCCUGGCCAAGCAGUAUUUGCUGUAGUCGCAGCCCCCAACAAUCCGAACUCUAAUUUCAAAAUCCAAUAUCCAUAAUCCAACAUCCCAACCUCACCCGCAAGCCCACAAGCAGACCAACUAGCAUUAAGCUCAAAGAUGUAGUUUUUAUUGUAUGCAUAGGCUUUAAAUACGGUUAAGUUAAAAUUAAAGAAUUGUACGUUUUUCCAGA